GAUAGACCUAAACAGUCUGAAAAGCCACAAAAACUGGCGGAAGGAUAUAUGCACAUCCCAGGAAUAACUGGCUGUUGCACUGACACGUGACCGUUUCUUAGCAACCAGAUGCGUGUGAUAACAAGUGGCUACUGGAUAGGCUACUUGUUCUCUAUCAGUCUCUGGCUGGUAACGAGAAAUGUCAACGGCGAACGAGGUGUCUAACGUUACUCGAGCCCCAUCUGAUGUGGCUGAAACAGAAACACACGAUGCCGAAGAACAGGAAAGCACGAUGGAUAAUCAAAUGAAGAAUGAAUUGUUAGAUGACAAUAAAGAAAGAAAACGGGAGGAUAAAAAGGAAGGAACCGAAAGAUCUGAACUAUCCAGUCAAGAGGGAACUGUGGACUCUCAAGUUUACACAGCAACAUCAUUGCCUGUCAUUCCUCAUGAGACCAGAACCAAAACGUACCCAUUGAUCCUUGAUCGGGCCUAUGGGAUCAACCAAACUUUACCUGUCUUUAGCCUGCAAGAUGAAGACAGGCUUGUCAUCCUCUAUGCUUGCGCUCAUGUUGCUGUCAUGUGUGAUCACACGUCCAACAGUCAGCAUCUGUUACAAGGCCAUUGCAGUCCAAUCACCUGCUUGUGUACUAGUCAGGAUAGACGCUGGCUUGUGACAGCUGACAUGGGCCAAGAGAGUCUUGUUAUCAUAUGGGAUUCUUACACAGGAAUUCCUGUGCGGACAAUGUUUGAUUGUCAUCCCGAGGGUGGAGUUUCUGCCUUGGCAUUAUCAAAGGAUUCAAAAUAUCUGGCAACUGUAGCUGGAACAGCACAGCGGGUGAGUAUUUGGGAUUGGACAGAUGAAAGCGACAGCCCAAAAUGUCGAGCUGACAUCAGCCCAAAAUAUGGUUUUCAGAAUCAGAUACUUUUCCAUCCCUCUGACAGCACACAGUUGCUCAGCAACAGUGAAAGUCAAGUUCUCUUCUACAACUGGGAAAGGGAGUGUUUGGAAUACUCAGCUCCUGACAUUUCUAACAAGACAUUUAAAGUGGUGUUAGGCUCCCUGAGCCAGUCCAUGUUCCACUGCGAUGGUGUGCGGGCUUUAACAGCCACCUCGAAAGGGAAUAUAGUUAUUUGGGACAAGCAAAGUGAAUCAGUCUCACGUCAACCCCUGGUGUGGAAAGCCACCAAAGUCAUUCCUCUCCAGAAUGCAGGAAUCACUGUGUUAACCCUGAUCGACAGUUUCCUGGUCACAGGCGAUGUGAAUGGACACAUCAAAUUCUAUGAUGAAAAACUCAAGCUCAUCAGUUUGUACAGUCAAUAUAGUUUGGAUCCUAUCAGGUCCAUCUCCUUUUCCAAAGAAAAACCCUCCACUGAUGGUCCAGGAUAUAAGGAAGACGGCACAAUGAAUGCCAAACAAUUUAUUAUAAGAAAUUUCGUGGUAUCUACAACCCAAGCAACUUUAGUACACGUGAACGCACAGAAAAAUGUACAACAGACUCUUCUGAAGGAACAUGCAGAACCUCUGGAAGCAGUUGCUUGUCACCCCAAACAACCACUAGUAGCUAUGGGCAGCCACAGCGGCAUUAUUAAGGUUUGGGAUUAUGAGCGUAAAGAGGCAGUCUGCAGCCGAGUCUUCCAGGCCCACAAGAAGAUCCAGUGUAUUACCUAUGAUCCACAAGGUUUUUACUUGGCGGUGGGCUUUGCUAGUGGUGCUUUGCAAAUUCUUGAUGCCUAUACCCUUCAGAGUGAAGAAGACCAGUGUUUGCAGCACAGUCAGGAUGCAAUAACACAUCUCACUUUCUCCCAAGACUCACUCUACCUGGCAGCUGCGGACACUGGAAAGGCUGUGACAUUGCUGCGCCGGUGUAAAGAAGGUAUGCAAGAGAUUUGGAUGUACCAGGGCAGACACCACUCCCAUUACAAACCCAUUCAAGACCUGCUGUUCGGAGUGGAUUUAGAUAGCAAUCAAUCUCGUCUCCUCUCCCUGGGCAUGGAUCGCAAGCUGGUGGAGUAUGAUCUUCUGAACAGUGGCGAAAAUGAGCUGAUGAUUUUGAGUUCUGAUCGGAUCGAUCAGAGUGCUGUGCCCACUUGCAUGGUGUGGUAUCCUCCUCUGACACCUGAGCACUUCCUCCUUACAGCUUCCAACAUGUAUAAGAUGAAGCUCUUUAAUGCCACCUCGAAAAUGUGCAGGAAAACAGUCCUUGGGCCCUCGAAUGGUUCUCCAGUAAAAAAGAUGGCCAUCCUACCAGCAUCUAAGGAAGGAGACCCUAAUUCUCGUUACAUGGCAUAUAUUACACAAGAUGAGAUUGGCAUUCAGAUUCUGCCUCUGGAUGGAAACCCCCACAAGUCCUUCGCAACUAUCUGUCACUCAACAGGCGUCUCUGCUCUGGCCUGCUCUUAUGAUGGUAGAUAAGCUUUCACUGCAGGAGGACCAGACUGCACUGUUUUCUCAUGGGAGCUGAGUUUAUCAUCACUAGAGGCAUUGGCUGCUCUAGGAGGUAAAGACAUGCUGCCCUACUACAGUCUUCUGGAGGGAGGGAGAGAGGGACAGCUCUUCAAGGAAAUGGAGGAAUAUUUUUACUACUGUCAAUUACAAAAUCAGGACUUCAACACCAUGGAAACACAGCUCGUGUCCACACGCAUCCCUCUAUCUGACAUGCCCUUCCUAAUGAGAGCGCUUAACUUCUAUCCCACAGAGCAGGAGCUGGAAGACAUGCAGAACGAGGUGAAGUUUAGCCGCUAUGCUGAGACCAGAAAGUAUGUGACGGACAUUGACCUGGAAGACUUUAUUAAGCUCUAUGUCAACCACCGGCCUGCCUCUGGCAUUUCUAGACAGGAGCUGCACAAUGCCUUCCAGAUGCUUGGAAGGCCAGAUGGAAGGGGCAGAUAUACUAUUGCCAGAGAUGAACUGCUGGAGUUACUACAGACUAGAGGUGAACAUAUGACAGAGGAUGAGUUGGCUGAAUGCUUUACUACUCUUCUAGGUUUUAGUUCAGAAAGCUGCACAGAUUCAGAAUCUCUGUUGGACAGUGUGCUACCCACUGAAAUUAGCAUGGAGACAUUUGCCACAGACAUCCUGGGGUUUUCAACGGCCACCCUGGAGCUUCCUCAAGAGGACACUUAAUCUAAAAUGUAAAAUCUAGUUUUAGUGACAUAACUGUUGUUUAUAGCUUGUGUAGUGUGGCGAUAUGACAUUUUAUGUGAUUACUGGUCUGUUGUUUCAGUAUAACGUUAUUUGUUUUAGUAAUCCUCAGUUACGAGGACAUAAAGUCAA